UUCUACAUACAUACGCACGAUUCAAAAACAACGCACACCGGCGCUUUCAUAGGUUCGCGCGGCUUUGUUGAUACUUGAUUGAAGAGCCCUUCCCGCGUGUUUCAAUCGCUGUACCUGACACCUUACCGUGCUAGCAUUUUUUAAAGAUACGAUGGCAACCUCGCUGCGGCACGCAUCAGCGCGUCGGGGGUGUAUUGGAGCUUCGCAGCGUCCGAGUGCGAGGACCGCGCGCUGUCGCGUCGUUGCAAGCCUGCCUCCCACGAUGGUCAACUCCUGUACUGGCAAGAUGGGCCACGCGGCGGCCGAGGCGCUUGUGGACGCCGGCGUGAAGCUGGUCCCACACACAUUCACGGGCAUGAGCGCGGGCGUGGCGGUAAAAAACAUCGGCGUGCGCGGCGUGGCCACCCAGCUGGUGGGCGCCGAGAAGCGGCAGGCGGCUCUGGACCUCAUCAAGGCCGAGUACCCCGGCAUGAUGAUUGUGGACUACACAUUGGCCCACUGCGUGGAGGACCACGUGCGCCUGUACGCCGACAACGGACUACCGUUCGUGAUGGGCACGAUGGGCGGCGACCGCGACCGCAUGCGCGCCUACGUGGAGGAGAAGGGCGUGUAUGCCGUGCUGCCGUCCGCCGCGGGAGAGCAGGCGAUGAACCUGUUCGCGCUGCUGACGUCCCUGGGCGCGCCACUACCGCCCCACUUUGACACCUACACCUGGGAGACAGUGGGCCGCGGCGACGCACUGGCGCUGGACCUGUUGAACCCUCAGGACGCGGGGGAGAUUGUCGCCACGCUUCGCGCCAUGGGCAUUCAGGCGGACGACGGCCAGAUCUACCGCAUGCGCGCCUCGCUGCAGUCGCGUGUGGGUCUGAACCUGGAGCGGGAGCCGCAGGGCGCGCUGCAUGCGCUGCAGGGCCGCGGCAGCUCGCGCACGUGCCGCAUCACCGCCCCCGGCGCCGUGCCGCGCCUGUUCCUGCGCCACUACGGCCUGUCGCGUGCGGCGUUCGCUGCGGGCGCCGUGGAGGCGCUCCGCUUCUUGGCGGCGCGUGUGGCGGAGGGCGCCGACCAGCGCGUGUACGACAUGGUGGACGUGCUACGGGCGUACCAGGGUGAGCAGGACAAGCUGCACGCCGUCCGCGCCUCGCAGCAGUUCAGCAGCAACGUGGUGGUGGCCGGGUCCUCCGUGACCGCCACCGCCGCCACAUCUGCGUAAAGCGUAAGCAGCCAGGGCCGCAGUGCAGCCGUGUGGAGCAUCAGCUGUGCGCCGUACGCGAGGGCUGUGAUGUGGGUGUAGGUUUGGUUAGAAUCUGGUGAAGAUGUGGGCAUGUGCGUGUGCUAUUCAGGGCGGGGAGUGCGGCGCCCGUCAGGCGCCUCCAGUUUGGUGUGCUGGGGGCAGCGGGCGGGCGGCUGCAGCGGAACCGCCCUGCAAGAGUGCGGAAAAUAUUUUCCAUGUAUGUCUUUACUGCAAUGCAACUGUACUCGAAAGCUGGAAAGCGGAUGCGCGACGAAGCAUGGUGCGAGUCAUUCGGCGUGUGGCUCGGACAACAGGUGGCCGCAAUGUAGCGGCCCGGGUGCUGCAAGCGGGGUUGUGUCGCUGCAGGUGGCAUCAAGCAGGAGUGGAUGUGUGGCCGACUUACACUAGAAAGAGAACUAUUCACUGAGGUUUGACACGCCGGAAUGUUCGUGUGUUGGAUCAGCUUGGAGCAUGAGUUCAUGGCGGGGUGCAAGUUGAGGCGGAAAUAGUGCGGUAGCUGCCCCGGGGUUUGGCCGCCCCGUUUAUUUGUUUGUAUAAGGCCUGCGUUGGGGCUUCUUGGCCAUCUGUAUCUUGUGCAUACGUCUAUCCCUGUUGUAUGUGGUUGGGGAGCGGACGGUGUAGCCUGUAGUGUAUGCGUUUGGCACGGGCACGAUUAGCGCUACGGGUGGCCCUACGGUGGCCCGCGAUCGCUGCCUGAGAUCCCGAACUGCGAGCCUCCCGCGGGUGGGUGGAUUGCCCAGUGACAUAGCGUGUGAAGUGUGUGCCGUAGUAAAUUUUGUUUCUACGGAUUUGACCCACACGCCGCAGGCCACUACAAUCAGUUGGCGCGUAUUAUUAAACACUGUUUUUGGUGGUGGUGGCGUUGCGAUGAGGUGUGGGCGGAAGAGAGCGUUUACGGAAGCGAGUGAGAGGAGGUGCAGCAUCUGCACCGGCUGUACGUAUUAGGACAGGCCGGAAACUGGAAUGCUAGGAGCAGGAGUACGAGUCGCUAGCAAGCACUGGAAGCAGUUGAUGGGGGUUGAAAAGGUGCAACGGUGCGGCAGAGCAAUGUUACCGCCGCAUUGGGCACGUGCUUGAGAGCAGAGCAAAUGAGUUCACGCUGUAAGUACCCGAUCCG